AGGAAAGAUCCAGAACAGCAGUGUGAUGAUUUCGGAGAGCGAGCUGUCGAGUGACGAGGAGACCUUGUUCAUCAGCAGUAAGAAGACUCCCAGCUGUGGCGUCAACGGAAAACUCUCCAACGGAACCAAGUCGGGUCACCGGAGCAAGCUCAAGACGUGAUGGCUCCCGCCGGGCGGUCACGGGCGGUUGCGGGCGUUGUGGGGUGCGGUUUGUUUCUGACAGCGUGUCCACAGAGCCAACGUUUUGAUGACAACCUGUGUGUGUGUGUGUGUGUGUGUGUGUGUGUG